AUGACAAGAUUGGAUAAUUCACAAUUUUUGAAACAAGUGGAAACUUUGACCCAAUCAAAUAAUGGUAAAUCAUCAAUAUAUUUAACUCAAAAGAGAUUAUCAUCAUCAUCAUCAUCAUCAAUAACAACUACAGAAGAAGGUAUAAAUGAUUUGCCAACCAAUGUAAUCACCCCACAUCCAAAAACCACCACGACAAACACAACCACCAAUACGAUUAAUAAUGAUUCGAAAUAUCCUUUAUUAAUUAGAUUAUCAAUGAAUUCAAGUGAUAAUAAAAGUAAAACCAAAACCAAAACCAAAACCAUCAAUAAAGAAAAAGAAAGAGUUAAAAUAUCAACGGUGGUUGAAAUAAAUCAAUUGAAUGAAUUUUGGGAUCAAUAUAUUCAAAUAUUAAAAACUGGUUUUAUGGGAUUGAAAAAAAAGAAAGAUAAAAAGAAAAGUCAUACCGGUGGUAACAGUAGUAGUACCACUAAUAAGAUUAAAAAGAAAUAG